GCACAAAUAAUCUUGCGACAGUUUGACCUUCAAGUGCUCGCAACCUCCAUCAGUGGACGAUACCACUGAAGCGUUGCCCUAGUGUCUCAUACUUGGGAACUUCAAAUUUCGAAAUGCCUGACACUACUCCUGCAGAGGCCAUGCCAACUGUCAGUACGACAGGAACGCCUGCUGUUCAACAACAACAAGCUCAACCGAACAAAUGGGGGAUGUUGAAGGCAUUUGCUUUCCGUCUGCUUACAGCAUACUUUGUCCUCAACUUGUUUCGUCGUCCAUCACCUAACCAAAUGGAUCCGAGCAAAACAGUUAUCCCAGCUACAAAUCUUUAUCAGUCGGGUUCUAUGAUGGAUUUAUUUGUCUAUUUAAGUGAAGAUCCAACAUUUCAUUCCUUUAAUAACUCGAAUGCUUUAUUUUGGUAUGAACCCAAUAUUACGUAUGGGGAUUGGAAUGGCGGGCCAGGCGGAGAUGGUUCAUAUUCAAAGAUCAGUGAAAUUCAAUGCAGUCAGUUUCCCAACCUUAUGUCCAAUGGUUCAUUGUAUAUACAUGUAUAUUUUGUUAAACCUGGUUUCUCACCAGAUCCGAAUACGGGCAAUAACUAUUCACUGAAGUAUACUGUAUAUAAAUCGAAAAUGUUGACGCGUUACAAACGUCGUCGUUUAUCCCGUACCACAAAUCUGAUCACAGGUCAUACUGAUUCCCAUCCAGAUUUGGUAGCUGACUCUUCGACACCAUCUGAUGUACAAUAUUUACCUCCAAUCACUCAUUGGCAUCCAAAUUUAACUAUUAACUUAGUCGAUGACCAUUCUCCAUGGGUAAAAGGUUCUGUUCCAGUUCCUUUAGAUCAAUUUAUCGAGUUCUAUUCACCGACCAAUGAAUAUUAUCCUGUUGUUUAUCUGAAUGAUUAUUGGAAUUUAAAUGAAGAUUAUAAACCAGUGAAUGAAACUACGCCAAUACUACCAAUUCAUAUUACUUUAGCACCUUUAUCUCUAUUUAAAUGGCAGUUGUACGCUGCACAGACAGCUAAGAAAACUUGGUUCAACCAGAUAAUGGCCACUUCUAUGUUACCAUCAGAAAAUGAAAAUGAUGAGGAACAAGAUACAAUAAAGAAAGCACUGAUCGAAACAAAUCCUUUGCUUUUAGCUGUAACAGUUGUCGUAUCGAUUGUCCAUAGCGUUUUUGAAUUGUUAGCAUUUAAAAAUGAUAUACAGUUUUGGAAAACAAGAGAAUCACUGGAAGGUCUCUCAGUUCGCUCUGUGUUUUUCAAUGUCUUCCAGUCAUUCAUUGUUGUGCUGUACGUACUUGAUAACGAUACCAAUUUUUUUAUAAAACUAUCAGUUGUUUUUGGACUGCUAAUUGAGAUAUGGAAAAUCAAGAAAGUCCUUUCUUUCAGAUUGGAUUAUGAUUCGUUGGUAUUCAAUGUAUUUCCACGUAUUCAUGUGGAUUACCAAUCAUCAUAUGUAGAAAGUGAUACGAAAAAAUAUGAUCAGAUGGCUUUCCGAUAUUUAUCCUGGAUUUUAUUCCCAUUGUUAGCAGCUUAUUGUGGAUAUUCAUUAAUAUAUGAAGAGCAUCGUGGUUGGUAUUCGUGGAUACUUUCUGUCUCUUACGGUUUCCUGUUGACAUUCGGUUUCAUCAUGAUGACCCCACAAUUGUUUAUCAAUUAUAAAAUGAAAUCUGUUGCUCAUCUUCCCUGGAGAAUGUUAACAUACAAAGCACUGAAUACAUUUAUUGAUGAUUUAUUUGCGUUUGUUAUCCGCAUGCCUACUCUGUAUCGAAUCGGAUGUCUACGUGACGACGUGAUAUUUUUCAUCUACUUAUAUCAACGUUGGAUAUAUCCAAUGGAUCCCAAUCGUAUUAAUGAAUUUGGAGUCAGUAAGGAGAUGCUCGACGCUCAUAUCAAAUGUGAACCGAAGCAGUCCGACAUCGAUAGCGAAACAACGCCUGCUUUAUCUUCCACUUCUUCGGAUCCAAAUCCAACCCUUUCCGAUUCUGAUGAUCAGAGUGACGUUACAUCGUCUGUGCGUAAACGAAAAUCAGGUUCACUCAAGAAGUGAUUCUCUCUUUAAUUCUAUCUUCAUAUCCUUCUUUCCCUUUUCCUUCUUUGUUUUUUUAAUUCGUUGACGAAAAUGUUUUUUUGUAUGUUAUUUAUUCAGUUCAUCCUGUUUAUCAACUUUAACUUCCAAAAUUUUUGUUGUUCAAUAUAAUCUUGUUAACAUAUUUUCAAAACAAAUUGUUUUCUGUUGCGAUUGCUUCCUCGUUCUCCCAACUAAUCCUUAAUUUUCCCCUUUAUAUAUACCGAUGUGGGAUUCCUAAACCAUUAGGGCUACUUGAGUUUAAUACUAGAAAGUUAUCGUUGGAGAAAUCAAUGCCCACUUUAGGGCCAUCCUACUAUUCAAUCUUUAUUUUUGUUCUAUCCAACUCAUCAAUUCGAGUAUGUUGCACACACUGUGUUCGCUUUGAUUUCCAUCUUUUUUUACUAAUCAUUUAUUUGUUAGUAUGCAUACUACACAUCACCUGCUUUUCGUUUUCUUGUGACAUUUUUCACAGUGUCCAUUAUCUUAUCUUUUUUAGAUUUAAGAAGGAUGACUUUUAUUCAGAUGAGUUAGUUCUGUAUGUUUUUCAAUAAACAUAUGCGACACUUCAUUCAUGAUUGCUGUUUAACAAGUCUCAUUUUGAUUUGUUAAUUACGUUUCAAAUUAUAUCAACAACAUCUGCAUUUCUCAUUGCGAAUGUAAUUAAAAUGCCUGAUUGGCCCUUAGCUGUAGUUUCAAUUUUCGGGAUAUCUCUAACGUUUUACUGAACUGUAUUGAUGAGCAUAAGAUGUACAAACUCUGUAGCAGAAAUAUAUUGGAAUAUCUUAAAAAUAAACAAUUGUUAUAACAAAUUGCUUGAGCUCUUAGUGUUAUGUACCAUAGUUUGUGUUAUUUGAUGGGACUGUAUAUACAAUUGAUGUGUCUCAUGAUAGAUAUUUUGCCUUAUGAAUAACAUUACUUGUAGUUGUAGUGACUAUCUUCUUGUUAACAGUGAUUAUCUUUUUUAUUCCAACCCAAUCCUUAGAAUCGUUUGGUGAUUGGAUUACUUACCAAAUGCAUCACUGAUGUAUUUGCUCGGCUUUCGGAAUAAUGGAUUUAUGUGUGUGAAUAUUUGAUUGAAGAUCCAUUUCUGAAGGGUAUCUACAAAUGAAUUACUUUUCAGUAAUCCAUGCUUCUAAACAACAUUUCCCGUUGAACAUGAAAAGUAGUAUUAUUCAAAUAACCCAGUUUCAGAUUAUAAACAGUAAAUAAAAUAUCUUGCGAAUCAGAAAAGGUAUAAACGUUACAAACCUAAAAAGUAAACUAAAUUUAUUGGUUGUGUGGAUAAAAAACAACAAAUAAAUGUAGUAAAUUAUCGCAAAAAUCACAAUUCAGAUUUCACAAGUGAAAAUCUAGAGUUAUUAACAAAUACGAUUUGUUCUAUUCAAGUCUAUUUCCUACACAUUCCAAUUAUUAUCGUUACAUGGAAAUUGGAUACAUAAAUAUAGCUGGAUAACCCAACUGAUGGAAUUAUACUUUUAAAUAAUUUAAAAGUUGAAUGUUGGUUGGUAUAUUGAUGAAAAUUAUUUCAAGGCACGUGAACAAGUCGAAUGUGAUAAUGAAAUGUGUUCAGCAGGCGAUUUCAAUUUCAUCUAUUAUAAUUGUAAUAAAUUGUCAUCUGAAUCCAAUUGUAUAUUUAU